AUGGCCCGAUACGACAGAGCAAUCACUGUUUUCUCGCCGGAUGGCCACCUUUUCCAGGUUGAGUACGCUCUCGUAGCCGUGCGCAAGGGUAACGCCGCCGUCGGUGUUCGGGGCACCGAUACUAUCGUACUUGCCGUCGAGAAAAAUCCGCUCCUAAGCUUCAGGAUUUCAGACCCAUCCGGCACAUUCUCUGCGUGGAAAGCCAAUGCUACUGGCAGAAAUUCAAACUCUAUUAGAGAGUUUCUGGAGAAGAAUUACAAGGAGACAUCUGGACAGGAAACCAUCAAGUUGGCAAUCCGUGCUUUGCUGGAGGUUGUGGAGAGCGGAGGAAAGAACAUUGAAGUUGUCGUGAUGACUAAAGAUCACGGUUUACGGCAGCUUGAAGAAGUUGAUAUUGAUGCCAUUGUUGCCGAGAGGCUGAGAAAGCUGCUGCUGAGGAUGCCAAGAAGACUCCUUCAACCAGAGAAGCUUCAUGAAUAUUCAAAUACUUUUAUGUGGAGCUUUUGA